GAGUAUUCUGGAAAUUUAAAUGUUUUGUUCCAAAUAUAUUGUGUAAUAACAUGAUUAUAUUAUAUGCAUGAGUAAUAGUUAUAAUCUAACCUAUUGACCAUGAAUAUGGAAAAUUCCCCAAAUAAAUCGGAUAUUGAAAAUUCUUCGAAUAUUGCCGCUAAAGACUGGGAUCGAAUUAUUAAUAAUGCUAAAGUGAGAGGUUUCAGGAGAGGAAUAGAUGAUGGGACAGAUCUUGUUUAUCAAGAAAGUUUUGAUAAUGGAUACAAAGAAGGUUUUCAGACAGCUUUUAUUCUAGGAAAGUUUAAAAGUUUGUUAAAUUCCACACCGGGAGACGUCGAAUACCCGCAAAAUAUAAAAGAAAUUCUUGAUAAAACGAGAAAAGGCGUGUGUUAUAUGUGUGCAACAAAACUUGAGGAUAUGAGCGAGACAAACCAAAAGAGUUUCGACCAAAUUUUUGAUGAACAAAGAUCAUACUCCGUACAAGUUCUUCAAAUGUUGUACGAGUAUUUCCAACCAUAUGUAAAGCAAUUAAACAUCAGCGAGUCGGAUAUAUUAAAAAUGCAAGAUGUUCCAGAUUUAAAUAAUUAAUUUACAAAUCAAGACAAA